AUGAAGGCGUUGCCGAGUUUUGUGACAUCGAUGGCCGCUAUGCCGAAGCCUCGACCGAUCGGCAUUCCACAGACAUUUCUGCUUCGAGACCUCAAGGAGAAACGCAAAUUCCGACUAUUAUCGAGAAAGUUGCUGGCAUUUAUAACAUUCGUCUCCAUCUACUUGACAGCUCUCCUCAUGGACCGAAACAUCUCUGGCCGUUCUGUAGUACAAAAUAUUGUGGAAACAGAGUUACUGAAGACUCCCCAAGGAACAUCGAGUAUUGUCUUCAAUGACAUCACGAGUGUAAACGAUUUCUGGGAUUGGUUUAUCAACUCGUUUCUAAGCAUCAUGUACUCUGGAAGUGGUGGAAGCGAAGCCUACACAUUAGCGUCUCACACGGUUAUUCUAGGGGGAUUUCACUUGUGGCAAACUCGAUAUGCGGCACUAAACUUCAGUGACCCUGACAACAAAGGUAGCAGCUGCUAUAGCGACACGCCACUGCUCCAAAACAAAACGUGUUACUCCACUAAGCAAGAGGCGAUCGAAGAUUUUGGCAUCACUGACGGAACCAACGAGAGCUCAGUGAAGCUCCAAUCGCUCGACAUGUUUUCGUAUUCGACCGACAACAAUUCAGACAUCAGCGGGUACCAGACAUUUUUCCUCCGUAGCACCACUAAUGGUGCCAACGAACUGGCAAAGGCCAAUUCGAUGCAACAAUACGGCUGGUUGGAUCGUCAAACCAAGGAAGUGGUGGUCGUUUUGGCUCUGUAUAAUCCCUCUCUUCGUGUCCUAUCGAUCGUACAUUUGACGAUAGAUUUUAAUCUCGCAGGCGGAGUAACGCCUUCUUCUGACGUUCUUGUAUUAAAUCUCGAGCCGUACGACUUUAACGCGAAGAAAAACAUUGUUCGUGUGAUUCUAGAAGCACUUUUCAUCGGCCACGUCGCCUACUUUGCCCUACUCGAACUUUGGGACGUCUGCGUGCUUUCCGGAGGCAACUAUCGAAUUGUAAGUUACAUCGCUCGAUACGGAUUGAUGAACAAUAUCGGCGACUGGGGGAACAUCUUAGUGAACGUGGCUAUCAUUAUUUGGAGAUACUGCAGUCAGAAAACAGCUACACGCCAGAAACUGCUCAAGCUCAAGACAUUCGACGAGUACAUCAACCCGCUGCCACUGAUGAUCUGGGAUCGGAUACUAUUGGUAACAAAAGGAGGGCGACGUCUCAUGCGUAGUGUGUACGGCGCAAUGCCCGAGGUGAUAUCCUUCAUCCCAAUCUACUUCUCGGUCAUCGUGGGCUAUUCCUUUGCCGGCCACAUGCUAUAUGGAUUGAAUUUCACCGAGUGGGCGACAUUCCCACGGGCAUUUUUCCGUGUCUUCGAACUCAACUUUGGACUGUACGAUCCGGGUCCGAUUUAUGACCAAGGUGGUAUCUUCAGUGCCAUCUUUAUUUACACAGGGAAUACCGUCUUCUGUAUCCUCAUGCUUAAUAUUUUCAUGGCUAUCGUCAUGUCCACAUGGGAACGUCUAUCCGAACAAGAAGCGGAUCGUGCUGAAGAGCGAGACCAGUUCUCACGUGGAUUGGGCUUCACCGACGUGUUAUUCCUCAUGGCAAUGAAGGAAGAUCACGUUGAUGCACUCAUCGACGUGGCGAUACAACUUGAAGGUGACAAAUUAAUUACCAGGAAUUUAUUCUGUAACGUUUGGGACGAGCUCGACGACGAUGAAGUUCCUGAAUGGACAGUGAGUCGCGUGCUUGGGUGGUACUGGGAUCGCAACGAUCUCGCUGCUACAGCAUCAGGACUUAGUGCUAGCACACAAGCGUUGGCAUCUUUCGGCUCUGCAGCCGCUGUCUCGAAAGCCUUGUCCAAAUUCAGCGUAGCAGCUGCAAACGCAAAAGCCACAAGUAAAGCGACUUCCCCUACGAAAUAUGCUGGACGCACUGCUACGCCGGACUCAGAAACAGAAGAAGAAGCUGUUGAAGUUGUCAACACUGCUCGGGAUCUUGACACAAGGCCACCGCCAGUCACACAUAUCAACAUGGCUACUGUCGUCAACGCUUUCGCUGUCCCCACCUUACCGUGGGGUGCCACAAAACCCACAACUAACGCUAAAGUAGGCGUGGAUGGGUAA